AUGCUCGUUCAGACGGUUGGAAUGAUUGUCCUGCGAAUUGUUCAACAAAAUAAAUUAAAUCUUGAAAAAUAUGAAAAAUGUCUUGAUUUUGAUAAAUCACAACAAAUUCUUGAAGAAAAUAUUGUAUUAGUUUGUCAAGAAGCAUAUGACUAUUUAGUUCGUUGGUCGAUCAAUAUUGCAAUGAAUGAUGAUUAUGUCGGUAUGGCACGUGUGAGUAAUCAAGCACUUCUUAUGGAAUUUAUUUUGAAAUUAAUUAAAAAUAAGAAAGGCGGUACAAUUGAAGAAUGUACUAAAGCAUUCUUUAGAAGACUUUUAACUGAUGGACAAUAUCGAGAAGAUUUUCGCGAUGAACAUCAUAUGUUAGAACAACAUAUUACUAAACGUGCACAACAACAAAAUGGAACAGUAGAAGCAGAAUGUGACGAUGAAGCAAAAGCAAAAAAUGAUCAAGAAGAGUUUAGAGAAGAUGAAAAGGAUUAA